GCUCCCGCCCGCCGCCGCCGCUCGUCCUCCGCCGCCGCCGCCAUGAACGGGCAACUCAACGGCUUCCACGAGGUGUUCAUCGAGGAGGGCACCUUCCUCUUCACCUCCGAAUCCGUGGGCGAGGGGCACCCAGAUAAAAUCUGCGACCAGAUCAGCGACGCUGUCCUGGACGCCCACCUCAAGCAGGACCCUGACGCCAAGGUGGCCUGCGAAACGGUGGCAAAGACAGGGAUGAUCCUGCUGGCAGGGGAGAUCACCUCCCGGGCCGCUGUCGACUACCAGAAGGUGGUCCGGGACACCAUCAAGCACAUCGGUUACGACGACUCCUCCAAAGGCUUCGACUACAAGACGUGCAACGUGCUGGUGGCGCUGGAGCAGCAAUCGCCCGACAUCGCCCAGGGUGUCCACCUGGACCGCAGCGAGGAGGACAUCGGCGCCGGGGACCAGGGCCUGAUGUUCGGCUAUGCCACGGACGAGACGGAGGAGUGCAUGCCCCUCACCAUCGUCCUGGCCCACAAACUGAACGCCAAACUGGCCGAGCUGCGGCGUAACGGCACCCUGCCCUGGCUGCGCCCCGACUCCAAGACGCAGGUGACGGUGCAGUACAUGCAGGACCGCGGUGCCGUCAUCCCCAUCCGGGUGCACACCAUCGUCAUCUCGGUGCAGCACGACGAGGAGGUGUCCCUGGACGAGAUGCGGGACGCGCUGAAGGAGAAGGUGAUCAAGGCAGUGGUGCCGGCCAAGUACCUGGACGACGACACCAUCUACCACCUCCAGCCCAGCGGCCGCUUCGUCAUCGGCGGCCCCCAGGGCGACGCCGGUCUGACCGGUCGCAAGAUCAUCGUGGACACGUACGGGGGCUGGGGGGCCCACGGCGGCGGCGCCUUUUCGGGGAAGGAUUACACCAAGGUGGAUCGCUCGGCCGCCUACGCCGCGCGCUGGGUGGCCAAAUCCCUGAUCAAGGCCGGGCUGUGCCGCAGGGUGCUGGUGCAGGUCUCCUAUGCCAUCGGGGUGUCCCACCCGUUGUCCAUCUCCAUCUUCCACUACGGCACCUCCCAGAAGAGCGAGCGGGAGCUGCUGGAGAUCGUCAAGAAGAAUUUCGACCUCCGCCCCGGGGUGAUCGUCAGGGAUCUGGAUCUGAAGAAGCCCCUCUAUCAGAGGACCGCAGCUUAUGGCCACUUUGGUAGGGACAGUUUCCCUUGGGAAGUUCCCAAAAAACUAAAAUACUGAAAGAAAAAAAAAAAAAAAAGCCUUGUUAGGCUUUUUCCCCCCACUCCUGCGGGCGUAGGUUACAGAGAAGCUCGCGGGCUCUGGGGGAAAGAGCUCCUCGGCCCCACCCCAGGCUCUCCUGGCCCCGUGUCCCCCCCCCCCACCCCCGUUCUCUCUCUUUCUCUCUCUCUCGCCAUCGUUUUGGUUGCGUGGGGACCACGCGCGGCCUCGUGCCUCUCCCCGGCCCCCCGCCGCGGCCGCCGAUCCCUCCGGCUUUUAUUUUUUUCUUUAAAAAAAACCACAAAUCUGGUGUGACGUCUGAGCUCAGAGACGGCAAAAAGCCCCCCCGAGCACUCCCCCCCUCCGACCCCCCCCCCCUCUUUCGACUCUCACUGUCCCGCCGCGGGGUGGGGGGACGACGUUUUGGCUCCCCCCCACCCCCUUUCCCGCCGGGACCUCGCUGGUGCUGGUUUUGUUCUUAAACCCCAAUUUUAAACCUCUCGUGUCUCAGAGGAUGCACGUUUUGGGGGGAGGGUGGGUGGAGAUGGAAUGGUGUUACGACGCCGCCCCUCCCCCCCCCCCCCAAAUCCCCCCCGCGGGUUUGGUACCGGAGGAAAAUGUUUUAUGGUCUUUUUUUUUCUUUCUUUAUAAGAAAGCUGAAGUGACUCCACAGCUGCACAGCCCCCCCCUUCCACUCCCAGCUCGGUGCUGAGGGGGGGGGGCUCGGCCGAGCUUUUUAUAUAUAUAUUUUUUGGGGGAAAAAGGGGAGGGAUUUGGCCCUUCAUACUUGAACGUGUUAUUUUUAGCGGUGUAUUUAUUGUGUGCUGAGGUGCGGGGUGUGAGUACAGAGAAGCCCCCGGGCUCAGACGGCAGCUCUUGAUUUUCCUGAAAGCCCCCCCCCAGCACCUUCACCCCCUCCUCCAGCCGCCUUUCCCCCACCCCCAGGAGGCCGAGACGGCCUCUGAAUCGGGGUGAAAAAGGGGGGAAAUCGGGUUUAUUUGAUGGAAGGGGGAGAGGGGCAGGCAAGCGCUGGGGCUGCCCGGCCCCGGGACCGCGGCGCAUUUGGCCGGUGUGGUACAGAGAAGCCGGCUUGUUUACCUGCCCGUCCCGGGGGGGCCGGGGCCCCCAGAAGUGCCUUGGGGGGGUGGGGGGUGCUGGCAGGGGGCUUUCUCCUUUUUAGGUUUUUUUUUUUUUCUUUCUUUUUUUUUUUUUUUUUUCCUGGAGUUUUUAUUACAUUUUGUUUCAAUUUCACUAUUCCAAAAAGAAACUUCAAAGAAAUCUCAAUAAAAUGACUAGAUUCGA